AUGGCCAAUUCGAAACUCCUCGUGUUUGGCGGCAACGGAUUUCUGGGCAGCAGAAUAUGUAAAGCAGCCAGCACGCACAACUGGGACGUCGUCAGUGUCUCUCGCUCCGGCGAACCAAACUGGCCCAGCGUCUCUUCUCAUCAGACGGCACCUGCGUGGUCCAAAAAUGUAACCUGGCGAAGCGCGAACAUUCUGCAGCCCGAGUCGUACAAGAAAGAUCUUGAAGGCGCGACUGCGGUGGUGCAUUCCAUGGGAAUUCUCCUGGAGGCGGACUACAAGGGCGUGUUGACCGGAAAAGAGUCUCCGAUCGCUGGACUUCAGAGAGCUUUCUCAAAAACGAAGAAGGGCAGCAAUGUCAAUCCUCUCGAGCGAGGCGCAGGCCAGGAACUUGACGCCGGCGAGUCCGAUGGGCAGUUGACCUACGAGCUUAUGAAUCGGGACUCUGCCAUCUUGGUGGCUCGCGAAGCAAACGAAGCGAGCGUUCCAUCGUUCGUCUACAUUUCUGCGGCUGCUGGCGCGCCAAUCCUACCAGGUCGAUACAUCUCCACCAAACGCGAGGCCGAAGAUACAAUCUCUUCGGCGUUUCCCAAGAUGCGAUCCCUCUUCAUCCGCGCGCCUUUCUUAUACGACUCAUCUCGAUCCUUCACCAUGCCCAUGGCCGCAGUCACAUACGGGGGCUUUCUGGCAAACUCUCUAACCGGCGGCAACUUGACGUGGCUCAUGGGUGCCGGUGGUGCGAAGCCUUUGAAGGCCGACAUUGUCGCAAACGCUAUCGUUGAAGGGCUGGAGGACGAAAAGGUCAAAGGCCCAGUGGAGGUGAAGGAGAUUGAGGAAUUGGCCACUCGGACCUGGAGACGAGGAAUGUUGUAG